GUUCAAUAAACGGGUGGCGAUCCAGAUUUUGUACUUCAUUGGUCUGUACGUGAUGUGUCAGUACAGUAUUCACCCGGGCUGUGUUAAACACUUGAAUGAUUUCCAAAAGCUGGCGAGUAGACUCACCUUUGCGUUACACGCGCGAAGCAAAGUAGGGAAAGCCAGACCCACGUGCUUUAUUAGCGCACGUAGGAUUAUUGAGUUCUACCCCCAGAAAUUAAGGGAGUGGACAAACGUCCUUGUAAAUGCUUCCUAUUUAAGUUAUACUUGUCGCAAUACUUGCCCCAAAGUUGCCUCCUACGCAGAGGCUCUUUGGGUCUGUCACGCAAUGACGGUCUAUGCGUACCUGUGUAGAAAACUACUGUAGGCCACAAAAAUGGACAAAUGUAAGAUUCUGAAGAAUGUCCGGUAGAAAAGGUAUAUUUCAGACUGAUCGAAAAUUCCGAAUCAAAAUCGAAAUAUUUCACCAGCCUAGAAAUUUCCCUUCAAGAAAUUUCUUCUUUUACAACUUCCUCAGUCUCGGUUUAAAGGUCGUCCGGUGUCGAUAACAAUCAGUUCCAGACUAAUCCACAUAAAAUAAUGUUUUUAUUCAACCGGCAAUGGAAAUUAUGCAAAAUCAUAUUUAAUUAAUGAGCUGGCGUCCCGAGCAACACGGAAAAUAUUCGCCAGUGACAGCUUACCACACAACACGUUUAUGACUUAGGGUUUCGUGUUAGACGUGUUGGAUUGUUUUGCUCAAGAAACGUACGUUCACUAGAUCAUUGACUUAAAACCUUUCACGAGACGAUCCGGUGAGUCGAUCGCUUCGGCAACGACUAGGCUGAGUUUCAAGGGUUUAUUGAACUACGUGCCGUUUUUAUUAACCUGAGCAGAAAGUCUUACUCCACGGCGGGCUGAAAUCUACCCAACGGUUUACCUCAUCACAGAAGGACUUUCAUUUCUGUAAAAGUCCGCAUUGUUACCAGACUGAAGUUUCUUCACUGGACGUUACACAGAUUAUUUGAACCAAAAGAAUUCAUAGUCUGAGACGUGUGAUGAUGGCCAGUAUUUCUUGGCUGGGAUGCAGUACCAAGUACUUCCUGUUAUUACUUGCUGUUACUGGUUUAUCCAUCCUCCCAUCUGCCUGGUGUCAGUAUUGUAACAGCAACAAUCCCGGCGAACCUAGGAUUGAAAUAACUCCGCCAUCCAGCAAGCUACAUGUAACUGUUAAUGAAACUGUUAACUUGACUUGCACUGCUUGGCAAGCUGAUAGUCACAAGAGUGAAAAAACAAAACCAAAACAAAUUGAAUGGUUUGACCCACAAGAUAAACGAUUCGGGAAUAAAUGUUACGCUGACUCGCCACGAGCUACACACAUGAGCUGCACAGUUACAGUUAGUGCCCUGACGAACGAAACAUUUGGUAAUUACACUUGCAGAGCGAGGAAUGGUAUAGAUGUCUGCAGCACCAAAAAAAUUCUUGUGCAAGGUCUGACUUACCAACGUGCACGUGACGCAAGACGUUUUGGUUCGGUAGGGAAGGCAGAAUCUAUCAAUACUCCAGUUAAUAUGACCAACCACGGUUUAGAAAACAAAAGUCCAGAGAUCGUCAACGUUCCAGUCAACCAAACUGCUGUUCUCGGGUCCAAUGUGACUUUUAAUUGCACUGCCACUGGUUAUCCCAAACCGACCAUCACGUGGGUAAAAGAAAAUGAUUCAAGUUCUGUUCAAUACAACUCAACGCCAGAGAUCUUAACAGGCGAUGGCAAUAGCAUUUUCAGCCAGUUGGUUAUAACAGAAGUCAAGAGCAAUGAUUAUGGUAUAUAUCAUUGUGUUGCAAAGAACAGUGCUGGAGUAAAGACUUCAAGUGCGACAUUAGGAUAUAGAGGUAUUUUCUGUUGUGUUUUUGAUUUCUAAUAUAUGGGGGGAUGGGGUGGGGGCACUUUCUGCUGAACUUUUGAUUAACGUACUUUGACACAUGACAUCCUAUCGUACUGUUAUAAGUAGUGGCAGCCAAACUGAUAAAACAGGUGGUUUAGAAUAAUAGCCUUAUAUUCUUCUAUUAUUUAUUUAUUUAUUUAUUGUAAAUUUCUAUAUCUUCUGUUAUUUAUUAUUUCUACUUCUUUCUCUAUUUCACUGAAACUGUACCGAAUCUGAUAAGCUGCAAGCACAGUCAACCAUUAUUCAGAGUAAAAUUAAAAUUUAGUGCAGGAUGCGAAAUUCAGUGCACUUUUAAGGUUGCUGUAGCAGGGAAACUUUUCCACUGGCGCUCUUGUGAAAAUGCCCGCGAACAAAGUAAACAAAGUUUAGAAGUAUUUCAUUGGUAAAUGUCCCAAAUAUCAAAUGUUUCUCGGGGAACCAGACUAAACCAAA